GACGCAAGCUUUCACACAAUGCUUCCUGAAGCUCAGCUGAGCAGGUAGACCGAGGCAUCUCAAACUUAUGUCCUACAAUACAAAAAACUAAACAAAAAAUAUUAAAAAAAAAGAUUUCAUAGGAUAAUCCAAUGAUUAAAUGAAAGCACACAUCAGCAUUUAAAGUGUGCGACCACUUUGGGAGGAAAGGAAAUAAUAAUUCUGCAGGACGAUUUCACUAUUACAUGCUGAAGAUGACUUGUGCAAAUGUGAUGUCGAGGUUUGGCCCGCCGGUGUCCGUGAGGUCUGUGGACAUGACCGUGGGCUUCAGGUGCAGAGGAUCACCAAACAUCAACCACCUGCUCGCCGUGUCUUCGCCCAAACCCCUGCGGCCCUGCCUCGCCCAUCAGCCGGUGUUCGAGUACAGACACUCCCCUUCCACAGGCCUCCACACAGCCAAGAAAAGCAGCCGCAGGGAAAAACGCGUCGCGUUUGCGGACGCCAAAGGACUUUCGCUCAUCACGGUGCGCCUGUUCUCCGAGAAAGAGGACAAGAUCCCGCGUGAACCGCUGAAAACACCACGGCUGAAGAAGAAGCCGAGCUGCGCUAAAGAGACUGUUAAUAAUGCUUCGCGGUUGAGGCUUGGGUUCGAGCAGCCUUGUAGAGAUUUCCAGGCGUUCAGGAGUCGGCUUCAAGAUCACAUGGUUGUUUUGGAGAGCUGUCACGUCACCAGGUGCUCCAUCCUCGGCACCGUGCGCGUCAAGAACGUCUGCUUUGAGAAAGCGGUGCAAAUCCGUAUAACUUUCGACACCUGGCGCAGUCACCAGGACGUGGCGUGUACUUACCUGGAUCAGAGUUACGGGGAACCUGGAACCGACGUGUUUGAGUUUAACAUCCGCGUCCCAGAGCGGUUAGACCCGCGGGAGCGCAUCGAGUUCUGCGUCUCUUACUUUCCGGCUGCGUUCAGUGCUGCUCUGUGGGACAAUAAUAACGGCGACAACUACUGCAUUCACGUGUGUGACUGAAUGUGCUGGUUUACACUGCGUCUGUACAAACUUACAACUACGAACUUUGAUUGCUGACCAGUUUAGCACAUACUGACUGAAACGCUGUCCCACGAUCACAGAGUGCUUCUCUGAGCACUCAAACGUAGCCUAUCUUAUAUAUUUAAAUAAUAUUUGGCAACUCGACAAAUGUGCGUAAAUAUCUCGCAUAUACUGUGGAAAUGUUUAUUAAACCUUGCAUGCUGUGGAAAAUAUUUUUGACAUUGUAUCAAAAAUGUGAUUUAUGUUUUCUAUUUUUAAAAUGGAGUUUUACAUUUAUUUAUUUUGAACUUGAGCACUUUAACAUGUUUAUAAAACACUUUCAUACUGUGGGUAAUUUAAUAAAGUUUUUAUAGAAAAUAUUUUAUUGCAUAAAAUAAAGAUCACUGAAAUUGCUUCAAA